CGAACGGUUUGGCAUAAAAUGUCUUAUCCUUCCACCUGAUCAGGCAACACCUUGUAGUGGGGAGGAAAAGUAGCUUCUCGGUCUGGAUAUCGGUCUUCUCCAUCUCACUGCUCUUCGCCUUGCCCGACAAGACCCCUGCAUCUUCAGUGUCACCAUGGCUUUGAAUCUCGAGAAGCAGCUACUCUUUUAUGGCGCCUACCACAAUAAUCCCGUGAAUGUUGCGAUUCACAUGACAUGUGUGCCGAUACUUCUCUUCACUGGCAUUGCCCUGGCAUCUAACACACCAACCCUCAUCCCCACGCCUGAGGCUUUGCAGGUUGAGAACCUGCCUCUCAACCUUGGGACGAUCGCUGCCAUAGUAUACUCGACGUUUUACAUCCUUUUGGAGCCCGUAGCAGGGGCCCUAGCGACGCCGCUCAUCAUCGGCAGUGCAGCCGGUGCGAAUCACCUUCUCAGUACCUACGGCACGAGCGCCAACUACUGGUUUGGUGGCAUUCACGUGGUUUCGUGGUUGGCGCAAUUCGUCGGCCAUGGUGCCUUCGAGAAACGGGCCCCUGCACUGCUGGAUAAUCUGGUGCAGGCUCUGCUGCUCGCUCCCCUUUUCAUCUGGAUGGAGAUUCUGUUCUUCUUCGGGUAUCGCCCUGAGCUGAAGAAGAGGUACCAUGAGAGUGUGAACAAGGAGGUCGCGGCAUUCAAGGCUCAGCAGAACAAGGCAAGCAAUUGAUCGGACCGCAAAUCCAGUAUGAGAGCCAUAAGUGGUCCUUAGUCUUCGGUGGUAAUCAAGGUUGUCUGGCUAUUUCCAAAGCGACAAUAGCGGUCUUUCCAAUUUGGCAGCAUGUCUACAAGGUGAUGAUGGAACGUCUGAGUGCAGUAAGUAGUGUUUUGAGA